AUCCUGACGAGCAUUAAAUACCCUUUUCAAAAGGGCGCCGGGCUGAAUGGCGGCGGUGCCACGGCUGCCGAGCCAGCCGGCGCGCCCGGCAGACCAAGAGACGCGCCUGUGGGCGACGGCGAUGGGAUGAGCGGGCCCCGAUGGUGGCGGCCAGCGCUCUGCUGAUGGUGCUAUGCGCGGCGGCGGCGGCCGCUGUGGCCGCCACCGUGGAUGGCGUGCUCGUGCUGGGACGCGACGGCCGCUGGCGCAGCGACGAACCGGUGCCCGUCGGUAAAAAGACUUCGCUGAUUCUGCUCGGCUCAGAUCUGGACCACGAGCCUGUAAGUUUCACGCCACUCGACGCCAAGCGCGGGAGCAGCUGCGACCAGGCGCCCGCACUGCCGCCAUUCUCCACGGGCGAGAACGGUUCCGCCACGGUAGUCCUGCCGUCGCAAGGCCGCUGGUUCCUAUGUCUGCGAAAGGGCGAGAACUGGGUUCACCAGGGCCCUGCUGUCAGCUUGACUGCCACAGGUGACCUGGACGUGGCCGUGGUUUCCGGCGUGCGUGGUGGCGGCGAGAUGACGGCCACCACCAACAAGGAAGGCUACACGAUGCUACCUGUGGGCGAGGAGGUGCCGCUCCUGCUGCUGGGUUCCAACUUUUCGGAGCGCACGCGCAUCACUCUCACUACUGAGAGGGCGGCCCGUGGAGUCCUGUGCCGCGAGCAGGCUCUCAUCGACACUUGGGAGCUGCGGCCUCUCCACGGUGGCCUGGCGGCGCGCAUCACCCUCAAGCUUCCCCGUGCGGGCGAGUACCACCUGUGCGUGUCACUCUCCGGCCGUUGGGUGCACCAAGGCGGCCACCCGCUCGUCACGAUCGAGGGCGAGUCAAUGCUUGUUCCCGUAUGGAUCAACCUCUUGCUCAUCGGCACACUGCUCGUCUGGUCCGGUCUGUUCAGUGGACUGACGCUUGGCCUCAUGGCGCUGGACAAAACCGAGCUCAAGGUCAUCGAGUCGUGCGGUACUCCCGAGGAACGAGACUACGCGCGCAAAAUACUGCCGCUGCGACGCCGCGGAAACUACUUGCUCUGCACGCUGGUGCUCGGCAACGUGUGCGUCAACAGCAGCUUCACCAUCCUGCUGGACGGGAUGCUGAGCUCCGGACCCGUGGCAGUGCUCCUGUCCACAUUAGGCAUUGUUUUGCUGGGAGAGAUCAUUCCGCAGGCCAUAUGCUCCAGAUAUGGACUCGCUAUUGGUGCGCGGACAAUACUGAUAACCAAAUUGUUUAUGAUCAUCACGUUUCCUCUCUCGUGGCCCAUAUCCAAGCUACUCGACUGUGUGCUCGGAGAGGAGAUUGGUAAUGUCUUCGACCGCGAGAAACUUACCGAAUAUCUUCGAAUCACCAAGGAUUACGCGCAACUCGAGAACGAAGAGCUGAACAUCAUAUUCGGUGCUCUAGAGCUGACGAAGAAAACGGCGGCUGACAUCAUGACGCGCAUUGAAGACGUAUACAUGCUCCCGUAUGAUGCUGUGCUCGACUUCGAGACCAUGAGUGAAAUCGUAAAGCGCGGCUACACGCGCAUUCCCGUCUACGAAAACACCAAGCAGAACAUAGUGUCCCUCCUCAACACCAAAGACCUGACGUUCGUGGACCCCGACGACGCCAUUCCGCUGGCCACUGUGUGCAGCUUCUACAAGCACCCACUCAGCUUCGUAUUCGAGGACGAGACCCUCGACUCACUCCUGCGCGAGUUCAAGAAGGGCCACUCGCACAUGGCAUUCGUGCGACAGGUGGUGCAGAUAGAAAACCGUGACCCCUCUUACAACGUGACGGGCCUGGUAACCCUCGAGGACGUCAUUGAAGAGAUCAUCCAGUCAGAGAUCAUCGACGAAACCGACGUGCUAACCGACAACCGGCGCAAGCAGCGGCGCAAGGACGCUCAGCUGCUGCAGGACUUCAGUGACUUCCUCAAGAUCGGCAGCGGCCAGCAGGGCAAGAACGUGGUCUCGGCCCAGCUGGCCUUCGCCACCUUCCAGUUCCUGAGCACGGCCGUGCGCGCCUUCACUUCCGAGUUUGUGACUCCCGCUGUGCUGCGCCGUCUCAUGGCACAGAACAUUUUCUUCACGCUCAGGCCCUCGACAGGCAAGAACAUCUUCGAUGCUGGCAAGCCGUGCGACUACUUUACCGUAGUCCUCGAGGGGCGCGUGCGCGUAACGGUUGGCAGGGAGAGCCUGGUGUUCGAGGCCGGACCAUUCUCCUACUUUGGCUUGCCCGUUCUCACAUCCGAGAGGGGCACUUUCGUCCCGGACUACACCGUCACACCACUCUCGUACGUGGUCUUUAUGAAAGUCAGCCACAGCGUGUACCUGGCUGCCCUGCGCGCGUCGCGCAUGUCAAAGACUGAGGAGCCGGCCGAUGCGAACGUGCAAGAGUCCGUUGCGCAAACGGACGAGCACAAGCAGGCGACAGUCAACACUACGGACGUCAAGCCAACGACGCCGGCGGCGGCCGCGUGGUCCGAGCCGGCCAACGCGUGAGCCACGCCCCCUUUAUUAAAUCUCUGCUUUCAGCGCUGU